UCAUUCAACGUCCGCAAACACUCUUCGAAGGUCGGCGAUUGGGGAAAUUUUAGUUCCGUGUGCAACACGUAGCCAAUCAACACACGUAAUUGUGCGCGGCAAAUUUUAGCGGGCAUUGCAGGUGGUACAGUCUAGAAUCCAAAUUUGCAUACACGGAGGUAUAAAUACUGAAGGCACUCUUGUAACGAUAUUCGAUUUUCUUGCAGUUUGCUAGAAUUCAGAAACUCAUCAUGCCUCCCAAGCCAAGCGGAAAAGGUCAGAAGAAGGCCGGCAAAGCCAAGGGUGCGCCAAGCACCAACAAGAAGAGGAAGCGCAAGAGAAAGGAGAGCUAUGGCAUCUACAUCUACAAGGUGAUGAAGCAGGUGCACCCCGACACCGGCAUCUCAAGCAAGGCCAUGAGCAUCAUGAACAGCUUCGUCAAUGACAUCUUCGAGCGUAUUGCCGCCGAGGCUUCCCGCCUGGCUCACUACAACAAGAAGUCCACCAUCACCAGCCGUGAGGUGCAGACCGCCGUCCGUCUCCUCCUGCCCGGUGAGCUGGCCAAGCACGCCGUCAGCGAAGGCACCAAGGCCGUCACCAAGUACACCACCUCCAAAUAGACAGUGUACUGAUCGACAAUCAAACCAA